AUGCAGAUAUCUGAAGCGGUUCUCCUAACGUACGACCCAUCAUGUGCCACACGUGGUCAGCUUGGAAUGAAGGCGUUUCAUCUUUCCCAACAGAUCCUAAACGCCAUGUUGGAAACAGAGACACGUCUUCGCCUAAACGCCAACUUAAAGGUCUGUCACAAAUUAGCUUUCCUCAUUUUUGCGGUUGAAUACGCAUUUUCUUCUUUUUGUUUUUCACGGUUUCAUUCGGGUCAAGCUGAUGUGCAGUCAUGUGGCUUGUCUUGUAUCGUACACAGCUUCUCCAGUUAUAAACUGGAACCAAAACUGCCUUUUAAACCCCCUCUGCUCGGUAUACAGACUCACUAGCUCAUGGACACUGUAGCUAGAUAGCACGGUUCUGUAACAGUAGUUUCUGCCCAUUAGGAGCUUCGUAGCUCGCACUUGCUUGAGACCCUUUGAAAUACCGUGGGAACAAGCCUAGUUUCUACUCCUUUUGCAGCAGUAGACCUCGCUUAAAGGCUUGUGCUAUUUUGUAGUGUUUUUGACUGACAGAAGAAACCACAGUGGUUUCAUCUGCUUCUUUUGCCCAUUUUUACUCUGUCUAGACUCGCCCAAACCUAACCUGUUUGCUGAAGGCGAAUUGUCAUCAUGCCUGAGGUUUUGGAUAGUACUUGUGCUGGAAGUAUGUUUAUCAAAUCCUCAUAUAUGUCAACCUAAUACUGGCUGUCCACUAGGGACUCGUGAAUAUUACAUGGCUACUCCGCCGAAAUUGAUUGAAUCUGGGUCAUCCGUGCAGCAUAUUUUGAGACAAACUCGAAAAGGCUUGUUCUGAGAAUCAAAUUCCAAGUUAAUGCGUUGUUUUUGGAGUAAAUCAAACUGGUAAGCAUAGUGAUGUCGGCAAAUACUUUCACCGUCAAGCAGAGGGCGUAGGGAUGACUUGCGCGUGGAGCAGGUCUUUACUGCAUUGCAUUCGCGUCGUUAACAGCAAUUAACAACGCGAAUGUCGGCCAUCAAACAACCAUCAUACCACGUGCAACGAUCCCUGAUGAAGGGUAGCCGUGAAUAUUCAUAGGUAUGCGGUAGCAUGGCGACUGCAUCCUAUAAAUACUACAGCCCCUUACACAUGAACCACCCGUAUCUGCUUUUUUCUCUGAUGAUGGGUUCGAGCAGGAAUCCGAAACGCCGAGUAAUAAGGCUCUUGUCCCAACGAUCGUGUCUCCUACUGUAACUCCGGAGUGGCCUGCCAACGCACGCUAAAGAAGCCAGUCGGUCACGUGAUUAGACCGCGUUUGCAUUCCAAGGCGUCCGGGCUGCCCCUUAGCCUAGCUGCUAGCUACCCGGCGCGUCCAUAGAUUCAUCAUCACUCACAUCCAUAGAUUGUGAAUAGUGAAACAGCCUUAGGCGAAGGUUAGCUGCUAAAUAGGCAGACUUUCGGUUCUGGCGACUAAGUGGUCACGGACCGGCUGCGACAGUGUUACUAGGGUGCGGAGGGCUGGGGUCCUGCACGCCAGCGGCCCUAGAAAAUGCCGCAGACCCCGACGACAGCACUGCGACAUAGCGACCGUAAACCGCAAUUAAACAAUUUUUGCUUGCCACCGCCGCCUUGUAGUUAGGUUCUUGGACGAAGGCACUGGAGAAAGCAACCUCGAACAAAUUACCCGAUCAGCUGUUGGAGAUCCGCCUGGACUCAUAAUUCACAAAAAACUGAAUGGAAAUAUGUCCGAAGGCAGUGUUACGAUCUAUGCUACGGUGCCCGCGGGAACGGACGCGCUCAACAAUCCUAUUCCAGUGCUGCAACCAGGUAAUAUGCGAGCUGGAUUACUCAGUCGGGAACGAACCAUAGGUAUUACUUGCCGGAAUGCGUGAACGCUUCUAGACCCUGGUGCCCAAAAUCUGACGGCACACAGUCUUCGUCAGUGCAAUGUGGAUAUUCGCUGCCUGCCGGAAGUCCAGAUUCCCGACUCUGGCACUUGGAAAAUAAAGACCCCGAGAGUCAACCUACUCUUCACCCUGUACCGCAGCAGCCCACGCGACUCCUCUGAUAGACACAGUGUGACGAUCGUCCUGUCGCAACCACCGAACCGCGCACUACUUGCUCAAGAAUCAGUCAAUUACCGAAUGACUUAUGUGCAACUAGACGGUCACUUUGGCUUUGUUCACGAUGAGACAGUGCUUAGAGAAUGCUGAACUUUGUUGAUCAGAACGAACUAUUUGUCACCAACAGGUUUUUCCAGCAUCGCCGCAAACAUCUUCUGGCCUGGUACUCAAACAACGGUCAUGCGGGGAGUCAGGUCGAUUACAUUCUAAGCCAGGUGCCAACGUUUUUUAAAUCUUGAGGACAAGCUUCCAGUCCGUGUGAAUCCCACGUAAAUGAAGAGGUGGCUUAAUGAUCGUGUUUGGUUUUUUUGAUUGGUUUUGUACCUACCUGCGUUUUUCCCUUCCAGCCUAUGGGGACGUUGGCCUUUCCAAGCUUGCUUUUGUCAUCCACACUUAUACCAUAAUUUUAUAUUCUGGGAUUCUUUGUUGCCCGACUUGUCUUUCUUUAGCUCUUCUUUUCUUCCAUUUUAGGCCGCCGAAACGACCUGGGAAUGUGUACGUACUUUGUUUUGCAUAUUUCCAUUCUUGUCCUGACCUGUUAUUUUUUUCGGUACAGCUUACCUGGGUUGGUAGUCACUUUAUAAGGAGUACGGACGAGGUGAUUAAGGAGGCUUGGUGGGAAAGUUAUGCCAUUUUAUCACUAUUAGUCGACCCUGCAUCAAUCCCAGACCGCAAAUGCCCUCGUCUAAUUGGUUAUCAAGCACUUAAGACCAACAUCGCUCUGUCGCUUGAGUCGCGGGCACAUGCCCUGUCGGCAGCGACCGAAAAAUAGAAAGCUGGAAUUGGCAUUCCAGUCUGCGCUGGCUGCUCGCCGUUAUGCUACUGCCUGUACAGACUCCAGAUUUUAACUCCAAGGCAAUACGCAACGAGCAGGCUCCUUCCUGCCAUCAGAUCUCCAAAGCGCCACAUCUACCUAACUUCUGUGAAUAUAGGAGUCCUCCUUACAAAGCAGACAUUCACCCUUUCCUUCUUAUAAAGCCCUCUGACGAGAAAAUUUCAGUUGCACUUCUUUAUCCACGUCUUAAAACACUUUUAUUGGGUAGGCGUAUUUGCUAAAACUUAACUGGCGAUGUUAUGUUUAUUGAGCAUUGCCAUUGAGCAGACUGAACUGGAAAGUCCUGAGAUCUCAGAGUAAAAGACAUUUUAGUCAAACAUCUCAGCCGCGGAACUGCAGCCUCAUGCCUUAUCGGCUAUUGCAGGGCACGCCUACGUCACGCAUAUCCAUUUUGUUCUACCUAGGACCUCGCCUCUGGUCGUUGUAGGCGGCCUCCUAUUGUAGAACAGUCAGCAAUCAGUAUAGGUUCACCGGAAAGAUAAGGAGUCUCAUAUGAGUGUCACCGGGACGCAUAUUAUCCUCGGUUCAUUGCUUUUAGGUCAUUGACUAAAAACUGGAGCCGUAUUGUUGCUACUGUUCUGCCUCCGGAUCUGUCUAUUCAUCCAGUAGGUGGUUACUGGCUGUAAAAAGAAUCCCUUGAAAAGGGUCAUUGAGUGGAACAAUAUAAGAAAGUCGUCAAUUCUGGUGCUCAUUCCCAUAACUCUCCCAUGAUGGCUUUUUGCCUUCUUCCCUGCAUCUUCUAAAUGUUGAUCGACUUGUUUGUCCUUACGUGGAUCGUUAUUUUACUUGUUUUGUCGAAGCAAAAGCGAGGCACCCUGCAGGGCUGGGGUUUUCAGUUCAUGGGACUGCCACAUUUGGAGGGUAGUGCGACGCUUCAGAAGCACGCUCGACGAAACUUCAAGAGCUCAGGUGACACCCAGUUGCACCGAAUUCCUACACUUUUGAGAGGAUUGUUAAGGAGUUGCUGUUAGUGUAGAUAUUUUCUACGCAAUCGCUUAUCGGCCGAGGUGUAUGCUAUUCCGUUAGUGUUUGAAUUUCGCAUCCCCCAGUGUCUGUUUAGGAGCCCAGGAAAUAAUAACUUUGUUCUUCAGAACUGACAGGCAUAGGUUAUCUUUUUUAAUUAUCUUCUUACCCGCAUAGAGAUCUUUUAUAUAGGCCUUCCCUUGGAAGGACACGGGGAUAGGAACGCCGCGUGAUACAGAUGGCUUUACGCUAAAUUCCAGGGAAAUGGUAGGGGGCGCUCACCGAUCGUUCUUACGGGACUCACGCGUUCCGUUGUGCCUUACGGGCUCUCUCUCGAACCCAACCAGCAGCCGCACAGCGGCGCAUGAUCUUGGCAGUAUGUUAUUACCGACAAAGGCAAGCCUCGGGUGUUCCACACUUCGGGGUUGGGUAUGACUGGCUGACGACAGCUAAUAAACCAGAAAUGGCCAUUCCAGUCUCCCUUGUCUUUGUCGGUAAUAACAUAACUCUAGGGAAACUAGGGUCAAGGUUGAGUUAGGGCUCUGAAAUAGGUACCCUCCAUGGGGUUUAGAGCAACGCGUCCUGUAUUACGGGGUUUACUCCUAUUCUCAUGUCCUACCGGGGGAGGCACCUAAUGACAGUCGUGUGACAGGCCUAAUCGGGUUCAUUCUCUUUGUCGGCCGCCAUUAUCGCGUCCCCUAGCGCCGUGCCCUUGAUUAAGGCCGAUGUAACGGGGAGCGUGUUCGCAUGCCUAGUAAAAUGAGACAGCAGUUUGCCUUCUCCCUAGGACCCCUCCCUGCACUCGGGCAAAACCAACUUUACUCGCCUUUUGGAGGAGUUGCCAAUUAAGGUGCACAACUCCAAGCUAGCAACCAUCCUGCUGCAAGACAUGGUCGACCAGUCUGACGCGCCAGUGGCCUCGUCCAACAUGUCUGACAGUUCCUUCAACGUGAAGGCAUUGAACAGCUUCUCUGGCCUCCAUCUCAGCAUGGCGAGCAAUCUGGAACAGCAACUGCGUUCCCUACUUCUUCGGUUGGAUGCCAUUCAUGAGCUGCAGUACAGCUAUCAGAGAACGCUGGUUAAACUGGCCGGCACCAGUACCACCAAGGUACCGGCUUGUAAUUUUUGUUUUGGUCAAAUGUCUUUUCACGUUUCAAAUGUCGUCAGUGCAGUGUUUAGGUGGGCGUCGCUCCCAGGAGCAGAGUUUGGAGCACUGUUCCCUUCACCUCUAGCUCGGUUGGCUGUCUAGAGUGGGGGAGAAGAGUCGCAACCCAAACCAAGUAGUCGGUAAUAGGUGGUAAUUUUUUCGAUUUUAAAAUGAAAUCUAUUUAGUUAGUUAGUUGGCAACUGACUGAGAUAAUGAACGUGGUAUCACUUGGUGCUACCCUGGCCUCCCAUCUAAACCUUUCUACGGCCACCUAUUCCAGUACUAAUGUGGAAAACCGCCGCUUAGGCAGUCUAUUGCUUUUUUGACCCACUUGUAGUUAUAGUUGUCCUGCAAAGCGCCACUAAAUAACCACAGCCAUUUUGUGGAAAAUUGAAUAUAAAGUAUAUGACCUAUCUCAUGAGGGUUGCCGAAAUCUACGAAAGACUGCUAGUCCCUCGCAAACCGGCAAAUGUGGAUUCAUUUGACCCAGUUGUGAGAAAUUCGGCGGCUUUGGUGGGAUUCGAGUCCACGCCUCGUAGUCAUCUGGUGGAUUCUAGAUUGCUUGCUUAAAAAAUCCUGCUUGGGCAAGCAGUUCAGUGUACUAUAAUUGAUGGGUUCCGGACGUUGCAGUAGGCUGGGCGGGUAAUUAGACCCAAGUGGGAUUAAACUCGCGGCUCCCGGUGGGUUCACGUAGCCAAGUGGUCAGGGCAUUGGCUGUACUCAAACUUUGUCCUUGCUGUCAUGGGUCCGAAUCCCAUCGAGACCGUUAAGUUUUCACAACUGGGUCCAAUGAAUUACGAAAGAUUGCCAAUGCUCCGCAAACCGGCGUAAAAGAGUGGAUCAAAGCUUUGAAAUAGUAAUGAGCGACUUUAAACUAAUUGAGAUCAUAGGAGAAACAUUAAAAUGCAUAUUAAAUUCUUUAGAAGUACCAAAUUUUUUAAACGUCAAAAACCGUUGCAACUGAGUAAACUGAAGUUUUCGAUGUACAGAAACACUGUCUCUACAAAAAGCCGCGUAAAUAAAACAGCACAAGUAGAUCAGCGUUUGAAAAUAGUCCUUUAGUGGAGUUUGCACCUAAAUUUCUAUUAGGAAUUAGUGUAAUGUCAACCAUGGCGGUUAGCCAACAUCCUGCAGUCUAAAUAUAGAUUCCAACACGGUUUCACGAGAAUCGGCUGUAUUUUUUGCUUGAUUUCACUGGUAGCGGUGAACACUUCACGAUUUUCAGUGUUUUCAACCGAUUGUCCAUAAAUGAAGAUUCUGUUCGGUUAAAAUCCUAAAAAUAAGACGCUUCCUGAAAGCAUUUACUGAAGUGCGGAGUUCUUGGGCAUUCUUCCUAAUGCAGAUGGCCUUUGGGUCAUAUUUGCGGACUCGCCCAAACAUCGCCGAGAACAAUGAACGUCCACUACGAAAGUCGGUAAUGAAUAGCCCUUAGAUCAAUUGAAGGACGCGAAUGUUAACCGACCGUAGUACCAUAAAUCUGAUAGCGCGCUGGCUUCAUCAGUAUAGUGGCAUGUCUGCGGCCCGCCAAAAGUCUGAAUCUCCGACUCAAGCACUGUGGGGGGGGCAAAGACGCGCGACGCAAAUCCCGUUUCACUCCGGUCUCUGCAACUUGUCGGAUUGAUGCAGUGUUGUGGUGGCUCAUGGAACUGGCGAAACUUUCGUUGUUUGCAUGAGGACCAAACAAUGGUUGGCGGCUGCCUCAUGUACGACCGAACGGCGCUUCACCGGCAUCGGCUGUGGACCAACGUGUUAAAGAAGCCUUCCACUCUCAAUCACAGGAACUGAUUGAAAAAUUCCCUCACUGUGGUAUGCUGAUUGUUGUCGAAUACUGGAAUAGGCAGAAUGGCAUUACCGACAAAGACAAGGGAGACUGUCUCCCCUGUCUUUAUCGGUAAUGCCAUUCUGCCUAUAUCAUGCGCCGCUUUGCGGCUGCUGGUUGGGCUCCAGAGAGAGCCAGUAAGGCACAACGAAACGAGUGAGUUCCGUAAGAACGACCGGUGAGCGCCCCUCUACCAUUGAAGACUGGAAUGUUCGGUCAAAGCUAGGCGCCCCACUAAACAGUCACAUUGUUAGGGAAGCAGAUGCGAUCACUGGAAUAAGGAGUUUAUUAGUCGGAUGUUUUGGAUUCUCACUCGAACUCAUCUUUAGAAACAGUUGCCGUUCGUGUUAGCGGAGGCACAAGGAGUGCUGUGUUUCUAAUACGCAGCAGUCGUGGGACUAAAUACGUAGUAUAAUUUGCAGCUCUGGCGACCACCGCUGUGAGUCGUAAUUGAUGUGAUGAUGGCUUGUCGGUCCGCGUCCAAGUCGUUAAUUACUGCUAUUUUAUCAUCCGUGUUGGAUGCUGGCGUGAUAAGCACGCGGCCAUUUGGCUCGCUGUCACUGGAGUUGUUGCUGGAGUUAAACUCCGAAACGUCGGGCCAAUAAACUUCUUGUUGUAGUGAUCGCAUCUUCCUCUUCUAUGCUUCUUCCCGGAACUCGCGUGUUCGCUUCUAUCGACAGUCACAUUGCCGGCCGCUUUAAGUUUGCUUCCCUAUGUGAUAAUUGUGAGCGAAUGUUAGACCCUCCUGACUAGCACCGGCUAGUUGUCACCAACGCAUAUUUGCGGUAUCGCCGCGAACAUCUUUUGACCGGACAUUUAAACGAUGGUCAUGCGACCAACCAAAUGAUCGACGUCCUAGCCAGUUUAAGGUUCUGAAACUGGGCCCCCGAUAGUAUGUGUUCGUGAGGCCGAAACUGGCAAUGCCUGCGAGUCAGACCAUAAUUUUCCCUACGCACACCUUAAGGUUCAUUCUUUAUCCGCACGCAAAUUGUCGCAUGCAAGUCUGCUUGAUGUGGUAAAGUAUGACAAGCGAGCUCUGCUGGGGCUCUAGUCGCAGAAAUUCGGCAUCGCCUUGCAACCCAAAUCAGAGUAAAGUAGUCGCAACUGUUCACCAUACCUAUCCUUAGUCCGCGAGGUUUGUUAACCCGACAUCGGCGGCGCAGUUAUAGGUCAGUGAGGGAAGCUUAGAGUUGUAUUCCCGAACCGCUCGAUAUAGGUCCUACAACUAUGGCCGCAAAUAUUAUGGGAUAUUUCAGUCUAUGACUUGAUUCGCUCCGGGAUAGCGUCAGGUGCGUCCUAUCAACUAAACGGCUCGGUCGCAUACUUUUACGGCCCCGCAGGCUUCAAAUACCUACCUGGAAUGACCCUAAAAGUUUUUUUUUCUGUUGUGCCGACAACUACCGAUAUUGGGUGCCAAACAUUUGCUGGAGAAAUAUGUUAAAAGGAGCCUGGUGAGGCUACCGCACCGAUUUUCUAUCGCAUAAAAUCCACUCGAUGUGAGUAUUAAAGCAAAGCCUUUGUGCGCAAGAAAGACUCGAACCUUGUAGCUUCGUUGUUUCACCAGAUUUCCACUGCGUAUGUUACUUCCAAAGAAAGUGCGCCUGAGAUUCUUCAAGCAAAAGGCAAGUAUAUGUCUUGGUUCCAUUGAUAUGACUAGACAUAGCGAUCCAGUAGUCAUCAGGUCGCCCCCACCCCCCAUCUCCGGAUGAGGAUGCACCAUACAGACGUAAAAAGUGUGGUCGGCAUUAAUCCUAAUCACUAUUGCAGAUCAGAUCUCAGAUCGUGAUUGGAAUCCGUAAUCGGUUGAGUACGCGGUUGCUAGGGCGCCAGUCAAUGAGCGCCACCCCGGAGAAGUCGAUUUGAGUAGGGUGCGUUCGUGCCUUGAACGAAUACAAUAACCGCUUGUGUUUAUUAUGACAAGGUUGUCACGGCGCGUGAUUUCAACUCACGUCUCUGCGCUUCAUUCCCUCCCCCUCAGGACUCGAUUCAUUUGCCCCAUCUAACGGCUCGAUUGGAGCCCCAGCAGGAGGAGGGCGGGGCGGAGCGGGGGUCGCACGUAGGAGGGGGAGCCUUGUGUGUGUAAACAGUGACAAUGCGUGAAAAGUCAGUAACUAUGCCGAUUUUUUGUGGUUAGACCUCUGGCAACCACAUAAAAAGCGGGGUCGCCAAAACCCUGUUUGCCUUCCUGUUGUCCCCCCUUAUAAUCGGUUCCAUUCUGUUUCUAAUGGGAUGAAGAGGGGUGGGGGGCGGGGCGGUGGGAGUGAUCGUUCGCCGCCGAUGAAGAGAAAAUAGACGACUUGUCUAAUCCUCAAAGUCUAAUUUGGAGCAGGUUUGAGUGUUUUCGUAAUCGGUUGCCUUAAUUGAAACUCGCAUUACACGAAUUAGGACAAUUUUUCAAAAGCAUAUUUGUUUAUUUUGGUCUUAGCACAUAUAUUGACUCCAACGUCUCCCUCAGGACGUUGACCAUUUCGGCUUGACUUUUUAUAUGCUUUACCUUUAAGUAGUAAUCGGAACGUUGUAUGGAUGGUAUUUGAUUAGCGACAGGCCUGUCGAUUACGCUGACGGAACAAAGUCCCCACCUGCUUUGGUUACUAAUAGUUUUUCGUCACCGUCUGUGUACGAGAAACUGGACGUAUGCAACCAUGGGCAUACCCUUUUCUCUGUAUUAAAAGAAUUCUUCUAUCGUAAUAUUACCGUACAUCAUAUCGAAGUGGGGGGAGUCCGCCGAGCCUGAAGGCUUCCUGAAAUGUCAGUAGGUACUCCGAUCGUUUCGGUUCCUUAGCCGACUACUUCUGGGUGUGGUUUCUGUGGUUUUUAAGUAUAGACGUUUUCAGAUUAAGACACUAAUUUAAAGCCUUCACCUUUGUAGGGAGUUCCUAAACCAUCCUUUUUCUCCACAUGAAACCUAACCAGCAAAAAAUUUAGACGUUCGCGACAAAGGCGUGCAAUAUUCGCUCUUGAUUAACUGACGAAUCUUCUCCAAAAAUCGUUUUGCCAAGUCACUUUUUCUAAAGCAAAACUAAAGAAAAAUAAAACAUGUGAUUUUGUGACUGAUAUUGAAAACAUUUUCGCCGAUUUUAUGUUAACAGAAACGAAUGUUUUCAAAAAUACUUUGCUAUAUGAUCAAAAGGAUGAACAACCAUUCUCUAUAGGGUCUUUUCGCAAUUAAUUAUUGAAUGUCAGUAUUGGCCUGGAAAUUACGGAUGUGGUUAGAUAAAAGACUUUUGGCGUCAUUACCGCCUUUUAGGGUGCAAAACGCACACGUUAAAUGCGUACAAUCUUUUAAAAACUCGCUUCUCCCAAAAAAUAACGUCAUCCAAGUCUUGCCUAUUCUGAUUUACGCGGGCAAAAAUCGUUUCAGACUGGCAAGACCUGGCAACAGGCAGCCAGUAUGUGACCGAACACAGGAAGCUUGAUGACAGAAGCUGAAAUAAGAAUUUUCGGACGCAUUAAACAUUGCGCAUUUUAUCCACUCGCCGAGUCCCUCCUGGUUAAUGUCCUUUCAUCGUGGAGAAAAUGUGUCCAAGCAAUUUUAUCAGGCAGUGUUCAUAAAUUUGAGCGAGAAUGGACGUUGCAAUAUAUUCGAACAAUUUUCUCUGCUAAUACCUGUCCUAGAUUUCGUUUGCGCAUUCGGCCAUGUUUUUCUUCGUGAGGAGAGUAAUUUGUCCUCGAGAGCGUUUACUAGACAGAGCUUGUCGUACUUUAAAAUCGAUUAUUUGUCUGAGGACCAGACGUUUUGUCGAUUUUUAAGGGUUAUCAUAACAAAUGUGUGUGAUGUCCUCUCCCAAAGUGCGGUAAUAACGCACACAGACAAUUCAUCGUCUAAAUGGAUCAACAUUGUUUUGCCGUUUGGAAAACAUUGUGAGUCGACAUCAAAAUGACUACCAUCGAAUAGUCAUUUCCAGUUUUGAACAUAUGAAGGUCUAUUUUCUGCAUAAACGUAAUUUAGAAAUGAAACGACCAAAACAUUAACAUUUCUAGCAAAAUACCGGUAUUUACAUGGUUAAUCUGCUGUGCAUUUAUAACUCUAGACCAGAGCCUUGAAAUGCACGUAGAUAGCGAAAAUUACCGCAGUAUAAGGUGAAAGACAUGUUCUUCCGUUGGCGGCAGAAAAAUGUUCAGUAUUUUUGUAAAAACUUGAAAGAAACGGCCAAAAGUUUCGACUUUUGGCCCCACCAUGUAAUAAUGUAAAGUACACGGACAUCCGUCAAUAAAAUGCAAUAUUACGGCACUACUUAAACGGGCGACUUAUUAGAGCAAGUUUUCCAAUUGAUCGAAAGCAUAUUCUUUGUUGGCCUUUUUGUGUACGUUCAUUUUUUCCGACACUGAGGUUCCAUGCGUGGGUAUGUCUGCAAAUGUGACCCAAACGACGAUCUACACGAAAAGGAACAUCUAAAGAAUCACUCUCUCGGCAAAUCUCUUCAAGAAGUAUCUUUGCAGGUUUUAUAAACACAUAAUAUAGGACCUGUCUUCAUUGGAAAUCAAUUGAAAACACUGAAAUCAUGAAGUGUUCCGCGAUAUUUUAGGGCAGAUCUAAAACUGCCUAAUUAAAAACAAAAGAGAAGUGCAAAUUAAUCUCAGAAAAGUUUCAUCUAUAUAGACAAAAUGGUGUUUGUGAUUGCGCCCGUCAAUUCUAUUUAAAUCUACCAGUAUCUGACCGGCCUGGCAACAUGUCACUGUGGCGUAAUCAGGCAAAAUCCUGUUUGCCUUAAUGAAUCUCAUGUCACUUAAUGCAGAAGCAAUAAGAAGUAUGGCGAAUUCUCUAGAAACCGUUUUGGAGUCUAUACUCAGAAUGGGAAUUGCUGGAAACCGCCAUACCUGACAUCAUACUAAUUCAUGAAUGCAAACCUCAUUAAAAGACUCUUGUCAAACGUCCUUCUAUUUGUGCUGUCUCAUUUAUUCAGUUACUUUGUAUGGACAGACAUUCCAUACAUUUAAAGCCGGAAUUUACUUAAUUACAACCAUUUUUGACGGUUUCGGAACUUUCCGCUUUUCUAAAACAAUUCGAUUUCUCUAAACGGCGUAAUAUUACCUCUGAUAUUUCUCUUACUUGUUCCAUUCGCUUGAAGUUUUCUUCGUUAAUAUAAAUAUUGGGUCUAUGCAUUUAUGCCGUUUUGCGAGUGAUUAACAAUCAUUGGUUAAUUCCCACACCUUUCAUCAUUUGGGUCAUCUACUGUACGUAGGCUGCACGAUGUACCAUGGUCGACAAUACAUGUCUUUUGUUUAACGCUUUACGCUAGUAAUUAACGUAUUCGAUGUCCGCGUUUAUCCGUACUAGCCGUCUGGAUCCGGUUUACCUGUUUCAUCAGGUUUACCACCUAUACGUGGUAGUGCCGCUCGCCGAGUCAGUUUUAUUUUGGGCGAAAUGCGGCCUUGUUGUCUGGGAUAGGAGUUGUGGUCUAGGCUACUCACAAGCCAUCGCAUAGAGUGAACCAUCAGUAGUCGGCUGUAUUUCGGUCGUAUUGACUGCAGUGACGGUCUGUCGGGAAAGACGUCCCUACACAACGGCUGCUCCUAUUCCGUCCUGCAAUGAAGAUUAAUCUCCCAUUGUCAUUAUUGCGACGGCCCAUACGCAGUGUUUGUUUAGGUUUCCGACAGGCCACUGGUGUUGCCAGCCACACUUUGCUGGCCGGAAAGUAAUGCGUUUUAAAUCCUUUCAGUUUCGGCGGUCUUUUUGCGUCUUAUGUGAUGCACUGCUCCUAACUUCUUUUGUAGGAAAUGCGCGUCAAAGAUCUGGCCCCAAUCCGCCUAGAGACCUCGCUCAUGUCCGCCCAGGUUGAUCAGUACGCCUCUAGCAUUGCGCAACUAGCUGGCCAGACGGUGGGAAAAUUGAUGUUGGCCGAGGCGAUCCACCAGUAUCGCGACCCUCCAACACAGCUUGCCGAGUCUGUCGAAUUGUCUGACUGA